UUCAACUAUUCGACAAGGAAGUUCAGUAUAUCCAUUAACAUAUGCUCAGUGGUAGCACAGAUUAAAAUAUAUUCCAUUAUGCGAACAGUUAUUUUGUUGCAUAAUAAUUUUUGUUUCAUUAAGUUUAGUCUUUCAAAGAAUAAUUGCUACAAAGGAAGGUACAUGUAAUUGAAGUACACCACAGUCGAUGUGUGGGAUGCAUAUACAGCCAAAUCAUUAGGAUCAUCAGUAAAUACCUUGAUGUUGGACAAAAGAUGAGCAUUCAAAUCUGAUCACAAUAACCACGCUCAUCUUGACGUACACCACAUUCGAGGUGUGUAAUGCAUAUUAUAACUAAAGAGAAUCAGCAUCAUCAGUGAAUAAUUUGAUGUUGGACAACAGAUGAGCAUUCAAACCUGAACAAAAUGGCCAUGGUCAUCUUAGUAACAUUUCUUUUGUUGAUAAGGUGUUCCGGAGCAAAUGAUUUGGCUAUCUUUGAGAAGACAUUGUAUGAAGCAUUUAAAUGUAGCUAUGAUAAAAGUUCGCCUACAUUGACGAUAGAAAAUGGUGUUACUGAUGAACAAAUUAAAGAAUGUGUAAAGACCUAUAAAUACACUGAGCAAUUGAUGCUAUGGAAUAGUCAUUUAAGUAAUAUUCCAAAAUAUUUAAACAUAUUGAGACAUCUUGUGCAUUUAGAUUUAUCAAACAACGAUAUAACGGAAGUUACAUUUGAAGAAAUAGAAGGCAUUUGUCAACAACUGAUAUAUCUUUCACUAGACAAUAAUGACAUCGAGGCCUUACGAAAAGGGGAUCUUGAUUGUUUACAAUCCCUUCAAUAUCUUCACCUUGGAAAUAAUAAGUUAAAAUUUGUGGAAAAUGGAACGUUCAGUGUAAGAAUGAAGAGUAUAAGAUACAUAUAUUUAGUUAAUAAUAGUCUCACAGUUUUAGAUUUUAGUUUGCUAAGUCGACUGAAACUGUCUGACAAUGUGACGCUAACAGUAAAUGCUUCGCAAAAUUUUAUUACAGGAAUAACUAAUUCAGCGAAUAUAACGAUACAAGAUUUUACAUUAAAAACCACUGUGGGAAUUGUAGCAACUCACAAUAAUAUCACAACUGUUAACAUACAAUAUUACUUCGAAAUGUUAAAUAUUACAAACCCGGUGCAAUUAGCACGAUUGGGGAGCUCCGGGUUCGACGUGCGUUUUAACCCUCUUAUUUGUGAUUGUGCAAUGUUCCCGUUAGCAGACGCUCUUAAUACGUUCAGGGACAUGGAUCCAGACAACCCUUUAUUUUCAGUGACAUGUGGAACUCCUUCAAGUCUUGAAGGAAUGAUGCUACGCCAAGUUCCAAAAAAUCAAUUUAAUUGCUCUGUUGAAGUAAAUUGCCCAAAAAUGUGUACAUGUAACAAAACAGCAGCGCUUGACCUCGUGACCAUUCACUGUGAUGGAAAUUAUUCUAAAACUAACAUUCCAAUGACAUGUCCAGUUGCUGAAAAGAUUAACAUUAAUAUCAAAUCUAACAAGUUGACAAAAGUCUCUUCCAGAGCAUAUCUUAGUAAUGUAUCACAAUUUGAUGUAUCUCAGUGUGCAAUUACAACCAUUGAAACAUCGUUUGUUGACAUGAUACAAAAUACCUCUUUCGAUGCUUUAUUAUUCAAUGACAAUGGACUGGAAACGAUACCAAAAUCGUUUAAAAACUUUAAUUUCAGAAAUGAACAGGUCUUAGCGUUGGACGGAAAUCCAUUUAAUUGUGAUUGCCAUACACGUUGGAUGAAAUCUUGGCUUUAUUUGAACAAAAAGCAUAUUUUACGACAGAAUAACAUCAGAUGCGCAACUGGACCAGGCAAAAACAAGCCAAUAAUUGAAGUACCAGACAAUUUAUUUAUUUGCCACACUUUAACAGCCACCGACGAAUUACUUAUUGUGAUUGGCUCUGUAAUAUUUGUCGCUCUUUUAUUCAUAAUUUUGUCGUAUAAAUCUAAAAAUAUACAAGUGUUCAUGAUAUCCCAUUUUGAUAUAUGCAAGUAUUGCUGCCGGAGAAGAAAACACCGCAAGUUGUUAUUUGAUAUCUUCAUUCCUCAUUCAUGUGAGGACGAUGAUGUUAUUAAAAAGAUUGUUGAUUAUCUUGAGAACCACGAUCCACCAUAUAGUGUAUGUAUUGGUGAGAAAAACUUUAAACCAGGUCUGACAAUAUCUGAAAAUAUACUGGAUGCCAUUGAAUCCAGUCAAACAACUUUGCUUGUCAUUUCUAAUAAUUUUCUAAAGAGCACGUGGUGUAACAUGGAGUUUCGUGAAGCUCACAUGAGAUUUCUGAGAGACAGGAACAUUAAUAUGGUGUUAAUUGUGUUAGAGGAAUUAGACACCAAACUUAUUUGCAAGGAGUUAAAAAUUUACAUGGAUACGCAUGUUUACAUCCAGUACACAGACAACCAGUUUUGGGCUAAACUUCUGCAAAGCCUUCCCAUUAUAAUUGAUUCCCCGUCAUUUACUGACGAAUCGCCGCUUCUUUCAAAUUAGAUCAGACACUUGGCACCAAUAUAAACGCACAAGGAAGUAACUUGUAGUACAGAGCAAAUCAAAUGAAUACAGGAAAACGAGAACUUAAUGAAUAUUCUAGAUGAUAAUAUCCUUGUUACCAAUACAUCAGUAAGGUGACAGGUUUGCUAAAAGUGCAAGUAAAACUUCAAACAGACUAAAUAAGUUCUGUACCAAUUUAGAUUAUGAUGUGAAUAUACACAGUUGCCUAUGUAAUUAUUACAGUCUUGUAAGAAUAAAUGGUUUUAAGAAAUUAGAACGGCCAGGAGCGACUAAAUGAAGCUAUGUAAAAUGAAUAUAUUUCUUGUUAUGCUUUAUAUUGUUUUUUACGGCGCACCAACAUAUGACGCCGAAUCAAGGACGAUGAUUUUGGCUAACCUCGGUUGUUUUAAAAUGUAAGCAACAUCAGAUGUUAGAACCGUCCAACCUUCUAGAGAUAAGAGAAGCCUUAACUGUUUAAGGCAACCCUUUAGCCAAAUGAUGGAAGUAUGUUUCUUUAUAUUAUCGUUGAUCUAAUGUUCAUAUUUCAUCCUGGUUUCCUCAUAUCUUAAGAUAUUAUAAUAGUAUUAAAACAUUUGGUAAAAACUAACCACACAUGCGCUUAACUAAUUGCUUAAUAACAUGUUAUAUAUACUAGUUUAUUAUGCAACACCAAUGUUAAUAAUACGUUGACAUAGAGUUUGACAUUAACAGAAAGAAUUUUUGUCGUAUUCCUUUCAUCAUAUGUGUAAAAGACUUGUUUAGCCAUUUGUUUGUGUAAUGUGUAUCCCUUUCAUAUAUAGUCAGAGUCAUGUGACAAAUUAAUUAAGCAAUAUGAACUAUUUCAGCAAAAACCAGUUUGAUUAUUUUUAUAUACAUAAUAUACAUUUAUAUCAAAGACAUUUUGUUAUUUGUUAUUGAUGUACACAAUUAUGACAUAAUUUUCAACGUAAGGCUAAAAUUAAGCAAAUGUGUUAGUUAUAACAUAUGGUAACAUUCUACAUAAUAUAGCGGAGGAAGAAGUCAUACACUCUUACAUGCAUAACAGCAUGAUAUUUAGCAAUGAGUGGAAAAAAUAUUAUUACAUUGAAAAUGCAAAAAAAUUGCUAAUAUUGAUAAAUGUGUUUAUUUUAUAUUUACUUUGACUUGCUAAAAUAUUUAAGUUUGCUCGGGCUAUUUUUCUAUGGUCUUAUUAUCUGCAUGUAUAUUCUAUUCAGAUAUGUAAUUUGAUUGAUUUGAUUUUAUUAAAAAAAUUCUACUCUGACUUUAAAACUUAUUGUUGUGUUUAGUGUUUAAGUUCCAUCAUAAGGCGUCUGUUAGCUUGCUAUUUAAGCCGUUGAAUUGUAACAACUCGCGUCUAAUCGCUAUUGGAUUGACGUCUGUCAGAGACUUAACAAAGUUAUACGGGGUUUGGCAUAUAUAUGUACUUUAAACUUUUCACUAUGGCAAAUUUUGCGUCCGAAAUAUAUCACGUUCCUUUGAACAUUUGUAAUUUGCUCAUCCAAAGUAAUAAAAAGUCUAACAGUU